CUGCAUUAAGUGGUAAUCGCCCAUUGUGAUUGUUAUGAAAUGCUAAUUAAAAAUUACUGCAUUAGAUUCCCAUUGUUUACCUGUUUAUAACAGAUAAAAUUGGACAAUAUUACUAAUUUUUAGUAUCAUCAUGAAUUCUGAUAUUCCUGAUGUGAAUAUGGAUGCUCCUGAUAUAAUCCUUGUUUUAAUAGUUGCUCUGUUGAUAAUUCUUUUUCUUACGGUAUCUGCUUUAUUAUGGUAUUCCGGUGUAUUUGUUCCUCCCAAUGUUAAAACCUGCAAGCCACCUUUUGAUGAGCUUGAAGUCGCAUAUAAAUUUGUUCGGGGAUCUCAAAAAGACUGUAGUAUGGCCUAUGCAGAAGCACAUUGCUUAGCUCCCCAUUUAAGAUGUAUCGGCAUAUAUUAUGAUAAUCCAAAAGAGGUUGGUGAGUCUUAUAUGCGAUCCAUUGUUGGCCUGAUCAUAAAUGACACUGAUUUCACUGUUACCGAAGAAGAGAAACAAAGGAUGCUUGUUAAAGGUUUCCAAAUCACCAAGUUCCCUGCUGUGGAUCAUGUGGUUUAUGCUGACUUUCCCCAUAACAGUUUUCUCUCUGUACUUGUUGCUGUCCACAAAAUUGUGCCAAGCUUUAGAUCAUAUAUUCAGGAGAAGAAACUUCAAGCAUAUCCUUUGAUUGAAAUAUGUGAUGGACAAAAAAUAGUAUAUGUUGCUCCUUUAUCUAAACAAAGUGAGUUCUUUGUGUAUGAAGCACUUGCUGAAAGUGAAGAAGAAAUCACUUCAGAAAAAACAGUUGAUGAUGGAGAAGAAAUAUCAUCCAAAGAUGUGGAGGAAUUGCCAGACACCAUAAGCUCUGUUGAGUCUCUUGUAGAAGGUGGCUCCAAGGUCGAAGAUCUGCCUUCAAAUGAAGAGGUUCUUGAUAGUUUAGAGGAGAAGAACAAAGCUAGCAAUGGCUCUGAAGCUAGCACAGAGUCAUUUGAAGAACUUCAGCUUGAUUCUUGAAUUAUUCAUUGUGAUCCAUAAACUCCAGGCAACAAUAUUGCUUUCAAGGUCAAUUGCUAGACCUCUGAUAGUUAUUGCUAAAAAACUUCCUGUACUUUGAUGUAUUUGCACAAUUAUUAUACAUUCUUAUAUGUGGACUUAGUUUUCACACAGUGCUGAUAUAGUUAUGUAUACAUAUAUCUAAUCUUGUUUUCUUGUAUUUUGAAAAGUAUCAAGGUCCAACUUGUAAAUAUUCAAUAAAAUCUCAAAUUUUAAAAAAUA